AUGAGCCGACGUCAUCGUAGAUCAAAAGUGACACGUGUCGUGAACCUGGUCAAAAAAAUCAUCGCAUUUUUCUUCUCCCACAUUGGACUGUGCGCUUUGGUAAGUAAGGCUAAGUCUAGAAUUUGCACUAAAUUUUUUAAUUUCAGGUCGUCGGGUAUGCUCUUCUUGGUGCUGUAAUUUUUAAAGCAGUGGAGCAGCCUCAUGAAAUUGAUGUAGGCUGAAAAUAUGUUGAAAAAAUUCAGAGAAAAAAAAUACAUUUUCAGAUUCAGAGGAAGGUUUUUGAUGCCAGGACCAGAGCUGUUAAUAAAAUCUGGGAUACAACUUUUGACAUCAAUCGAUUGAAUUCAUCGCAUUGGAAUCGAACUGUAAUGGAGCAAGUCGAGAUUUUCAAAAAAGUCCUGAUGCACUCGAUUCGUCGCGGCUUCGACGGCAAACAACUCAACGAAAAUUCGCAGUGGACUUUUACCGGAGCAUUUUUGUAUAGUCUAACUAUUAUCACAACUAUUGGUUACGGUAAUACUGCGGCGAAAACCUAUGUUGGAAAAACUUUGACAAUGUUAUACGCAAUUAUCGGGAUUCCCCUAAUGCUUCUGUUUUUGACAAAUAUUGGAGAUGUUAUGGCGAAAAUUUUCAGGUAACAUAUAUUUUUCAAAAAAAACAAAAACUUUCGCAGUCAGCAGGAUUCGAACCUACGCGGGCAGAGCCCAAUUGAUUUCUAGUCAAUCUCCUUAACCACUCGGACAUGACUGCACGUUUUUUCGCAGCCCUAAAAAUUAUAUUUGUUCAGGUUCCUCUACGCUCAAUCGAUUCGUCUCAAGUUUCGCCUGAUUUUGUGGCACAAAAAAAGAAAGGUGAGGAUUAUUACUGUAGCGGGAGUACUGUAGAGUACUGUAGAUAUAUAUAUUUUAGGCGGCGAAAAUUCGGCGAGCUAAUAGUUUGGUUUCUCGAUUGACACGUGGACAUCGUGUCAAAACUGACAGUUCUGUGGAUUCUUUUGGUUUGGGUGAGUGUUUUUUGUAGAUCAAAAAUUGAGGACUCUUGGGAGUACUGUAGUAAAUUUGUAGAUCAAAAAUUUUGAAUCAUGGGGGUGGGGUACUGUAGUUGUUCCAAUUUUUCUGUAGAUCAAAAAUUUGGAUAUAUUAGGAGUACUGUAGUUAUUAUUUUGAGUAUUUCUGUAGAUCAAAAAUUUGGAAUUUUUAAAAAAUUGCUCGGGACAUACUGUAGUUCAAAAAUAAAUACUGUAGAAUAAUUUUUUUUAAAACUGUAAAUUCAGAAAUCUUGGGAGAGUACUGUAGUUUUUCUGUAGAUAAAAAAUUUGAAACUUAAAAAAACUUAUCUAUGAGAUUACUGUAGUUUUUCAUCUAAUUUUUUGUAGGUCAAAAAUUAGAGUACUGUAGUAUUUCUGUAGAUCAAAAAUCCCCAAUCUUCUAAAAAAAUUUCAGGCGGCGGCGCCGAUGUUGAAGACCUCCUAACCGCCCGCGUCGAAAUGGAACAACUCGAAGUUCGCGAAACCGCGGCGGCUCAACUCGAAGCCGCAACAGUGCCGAUGUCUCUGGUCGUUUUCACCAUGUUGGCGUAUUUGGGAGUGGGAACUGCGACUUUUUCGAUUUGGGAACAGUGGACACUUUUGGAGAGCUUCUAUUUUUGCUAUAUUUCAUUGACAACUAUUGGUGAGUUAGGGUAACUCAAUGGGGUCUGAGAUUUUCAGAAAAAAUAUUCCUAAAAUGAUUUUUAUGAUGAGGAGAUUUCUGGCGCGAAAUGCAAAAAAAUUGUCCAUAAUCUUAAUACAGUAAUCCAGAAAUUUUAUUGGCGCUAAAGUUUUGAUUUACAGUAAUCCAGAAUUCCUGGCGCGAAAUUCAAAUCUAACCCCCAAUUUCCAGGCUUCGGCGACAAAUUCCCCAAAACCUCCGUAAAAGAUGACAGUGAGGCGAAUUUCAAAUUAGUCAUCACAAGUGUCUAUCUCCUUUUUGGUAUGGCACUUCUGGCGAUGUGUUUUAAUUUGGCUCAAGAGGAAGUGCAAAAUAAGACACGGUAUGUUUUCCUGUUUUUUUCUGAUUUAGGCUAACUCAUGAAAUUUUCAGAUGGAUUGCUGACAAAUUUCGAUCAAAAGAUGAUGAUGAUGAUUAA